AUGGAGGAUCAGCCAGAAAAUACUACUACAGAGCAGCUCUAUACAGAAGAUGACGCUUCUAUUCCAUCCAAGAAUACCAAUCAUGCAACAUUACUAGAAACAGCCGACAUGAAGGAUCAUGCAGCCAUAACCCAAACUACUGCUGAAAUACCUGCCACUACCAUUAAUACCACCAUUACUGCUAUAUCAACUAGUUUGGAAAAGCAUGCUACAAUAGAAGAGUCUUUGGAAGAGCAUGUUAAGAUAGACGAGCCUUUGAAACAGCUGGAUAUUACCACUACUAGCGUUGCAUCCACUGCAUCCGCCACCACCACCUCAGCCCAUCACCCUUAUGGCAUCACAGAAACAUCACCAAAGGAUGAAGCACCGAAUAGUCCAGGAUCGAUCAUUGAGCCCGCUUCGGCAACCACUGAUAUCGCACAGAUUGUUUCUCCAUCUAGUAUUCCCGUAACAGUGCAUCAACUGCCUAGUGCUGGCCAUGGUUUGAAGCCACCUCAAAAUCUUCAAAAAAUUAUCACAGACAACAACGUGGCUCUUCCAAAAGACCUUGCGACAACAGCAUCAGUUGAUCUGUCGGCUGAAGGAACACAGUCCAAUUCAGCAAGUGAUGCGAUGGAUGGUCCUGAUCGUGAUGUGGUUUAUGUUGCAUUUGGACCUAGAGGCGGAUGGUAUGUACGAUGGUCAGAUGGAUCAUCAGCAUGGGAACAGAUCCCACCAUCACUCCAUACAAAGCUUUACGGUCGCAUGAGAAAUCUCCCUCAUGCUGAAUGUAUAUCCAUUUCAGAGAUGAGCCAAUGGGUGACUGUGUUUGGGGAUGGUAGCUUUGCAACAUCUGGGUUUCCAGUCUAUGGCAAGUUGAAAGAGGCAUUACACGAUCCGCCACAAGAUGCAGAACUGAAAACAUUGAUAUUUGCGCCUGGUGGUGGAUGGUUACUCAUGAGAGAUGAUGGAUCUAUGGCUUGGGAACGGUUGCCGUCUGGACUAGAUGAAUUACUUAAACGACGGACCAAAGCCGAUGCACCUGUUGACUGUGUGAGCAUUUCUGGGUUUGGUGGUUGGUUUUUACGGUUCACUGACGGAGAGUGCGAAUGGGAUGCCAUUCCCAAACCACUCGAGAAACUGCUUAUUCAACUAGUACGACGCGGCGAUCCAAGUAUCGUUGUGACACUCUCCCCUUCUGACGGAAUGUCUUAUUUUGUUGCAGUUGGAGAUACAGCAGAGUGGGUGCAUGACUCGGCUUCAUUGCGUAUGGCAUUAGAAUGGGCAAAUGGCGCAGACAAUGUUGUCUUGCCAGAAACAGUGGUGGUGAACAUUUACCCUCCAACUCCACCACAGUCUGAAUCCAGCUCAGCAAUCUAA